AUGUCUAAGACCAAGCCCAAGUCCAAAUUCGAGGUACGGGAGUACUCUGACCACAAAGCGCCCGCCCCAGCAUCGCCAUCAGCCAGCAUCAUCCUAGUCUCACCGAGCAACGAAGUCCUCCUUCUCCACAGGGUCCAAACGUCAUCAGCAUUCCCGUCCGCCCACGUCUUCCCCGGAGGAAAUCUCGAGGCCUCCGACGGCGCUCUCCCUUCCACGCCGACCGACAUCAACCGCCACCUCGACAGCAUCGCCUACCGCACCGGCGCGAUCCGCGAACUUUUCGAGGAGACGGGAAUUCUGCUGGCGCGCUCAUCACUCUCCGCACCUUCUCUUCUCUCCGUCUCUCGCGAGCAACGCAAAUCCGGUCGGGAGGCCGUCCACUCUGGCAAGACAGAUUUCCAGUCGUGGUUGCGGUCGCUUUCCAGCGACGCGGUGUUGGAUACGGACCGUCUACUCCCAUUCACCCAUUGGGUAACACCACCAAACGUCCCCAAGCGCUUCACCACACAGAUGUACCUUUAUUUCGUCGGCCUCGAGGAGAAGGGCAACCCCAGCGUCCGAGCCACCGGCGACAAAGUCGAGACGAUGGCCCCUGAAUGGGCCCCGCCUGCCCACUGGCUGAACCGCGCGCGAAGCGGGGAGAUCAUCCUCUUCCCGCCUCAGUUCUUGCUGUUGUUCUUGAUCAGUGAGAUAUUUGACAAGGGUGGGAUGGCGGCGGGCCAGACUGACGAUGAUGCUGAGAUCCUACGGAAACGUGAGGAACUGAGACGUCUGAUCGAGACCGGUGGUGGAAGUCCGCCCUGGAAAGACAAGUUCAUCAGUCCCAUCGGUGCCCAGUUCGGCCGACCGGACAAACGGUCGGUCUUGAGUUUGGAUAAGCCUGGCCCAGAGCUGAAAGGGAGCGGAUUGAGCGGCGAGAAGGACAGAGUCGUCUUGGUCAAGUUCAGCAAGGAGGGUCCUCGAGAAGUCGAGGUUGCGUGGAGGAAAGAUGUCAUGAAGGAGGGGCGGGAGGGGAAGUUAUAG